GGUGUGAGUGAGAUGGAGAAAGGCAUUGUGUUCGCUUCUAAGACACCAUAAUAGCAGCUGAAUCACAGACUGACAUCAGCCUUUACCAGGCAGCUCCUAGUGGAAGGGGCCCUCAUCCUUGCCACCAUGGAAAUAGCAGUGGCACCAGGUCGAGGGCUUAGCUCUGCCCCAGAUGAAAUCCAGCACCCGUAUAUGAAAUUUUCUGAAUGGAAAUUCAAGCUCUUCAAAGUGAGAUCCUUUAUUAAGCCCCCUCCUGAAGAAGCUCAGGGGCCAAAUAAGAACCUGGGAGAAGGCCAGGCGUCUCUGGAAGAGACCCCAGCGGUCAUAAGCAGCGCCAAUAUUCCAGCACCAGAAAAGCCAGCCCUGAUCCAGCCAACAUUCUCAGCCCUUCCCAAGUCUUUGGAGAAGCCUGCUGAUGUUGGAAAGACUCGGGAGAAGGCAAUUCACCUGGCCAGCCUGCGGCAGCUUUGCCGUAUCUGUGGUGUUUCCUUUAGAGCUGAUGGACAGAAUAGGAGAUACCCUGUCCAUGGUCCAGUGGACAAUAAAACUCAGAGCCUCCUUCGAAAGAAGGAGAAGAAAGUCACCUCCUGGCCAGAUCUGAUCGCGAAGGUUUUUAAAAUCGAUGUGAAAGGGGAUGUUGAUUCCAUCCACCCCACUCAGUUUUGCCACAGCUGUUGGAAUAUUAUGUAUGGGAGGUUCAGCAAUGCCCCCUGUGAGAUACACUUCCCAAGGAAAGCUGCCAUAGAGUGGCGUCCACACACCCCAGACUGUGACAGCUGCCAGGCAGCCCGCCGGGGACUCAAGAGGAAAGGCCAUCAGUCCAAUCUGUUGCUCAGCAAAAAGCUCAAGACCGUGAUCAAACAGACUCGGAGAGCCCAUCCUUCCAAGAGUCAAGUCCAGCCUCGAAAUGGUGGCAAAGAUCGGAUGAAGAAGAUUACCAACUGCAGCAAGAUGCACUUGAGCACUAAGCUGCUAGCUGUGGACUACCCUGUGGACUUUGUGAAGGCCAUCUCAUGCCAGAUCUGUGAGCACAUUGUGACCGACCCAGUGGAAACCACCUGUAGGCAUGUAUUCUGUAGAACCUGCAUUUUGAGGUGCCUCAAGGUCAUGGGUAGCUAUUGCCCUUCUUGCCAGUAUCCCUGUUUCCCUACAGAUGUGGAAAGCCCGGCGAGGUCCUUUGUGAACAUCCUCAAUUCCCUGCUGGUGAAAUGUCCUGUGAAUGACUGUGACAAGGAAGUCAGCUUUGAAAAAUACAACCAGCACAUCUCCAGCCACAAGGAACCGAAAGCUUCCUAUGUGUACAUUAAUAAAGGCGGCCGACCCCGGCAGCAUCUGCUGUCCCUCACCAGGAGGGCUCAGAAACACCGGCUGAGAGAACUGAAGAUGCAGGUCAAGGCUUUUGCAGACAGAGAAGAAGGGGGUGAUCUGAAGGCAGUGUGCCUGACUUUAUUCUUGCUGGUACUGAGAGCAAGGAACGAGCAUCGGCAAGCGGACGAGCUUGAGGCCAUUAUGAAGGGCAGAGGCUCGGGCCUCCAGGCAGCUGUGUGCUUGGCCAUCAGGGUCAACACUUUUCUGAGUUGUAGCCAGUACCACAAGAUGUACCGGACUGUGAAAGCCAUCACUGGGAGGCAGAUCUUCCAGCCCUUGCAUGCCCUUCGAAAUGCAGAAAAGACCCUCCUGCCUGGAUAUCACCCAUUUGAGUGGAAGCCCCCUCUGAAGAACGUCUCCGCUCGCGCGGACGUCGGCAUUAUUGACGGGCUUUCUGGCUGGGCUGCAUCUGUGGAUGACUACCCAGUUGACACCAUUGCAAAAAGGUUCCGUUAUGAUGCAGCACUGGUAUCUGCCUUGAUGGACAUGGAAGAAGACAUCCUAGAAGGCAUGAAAUCCCAGGGUUUGGGGGACUACUUGAGUGGCCCCUUCACUGUGGUGGUGAAGGAGUCUUGUGAUGGGAUGGGAGAUGUGAGUGAGAAGCAUGGGAGUGGGCCAGCUGUGCCUGAGAAGGCCGUUCGCUUUUCCUUCACUAUCAUGAAUAUUACUAUCACACAAGAUCAGGAGAGCGUGAGGAUAUUUGAAGAAUCCAAGCCCAACUCUGAGCUGUGCUGUAAGCCCUUGUGCCUCAUGCUGGCUGAUGAGUCGGACCAUGAAACCCUGACAGCCAUCCUGAGUCCCCUCAUUGCAGAGAGAGAGGCGAUGAAAAGCAGUGAAUUGCUGCUUGAGAUGGGGGGCAUCCCAAGAACUUUCAAGUUCAUCUUUAGAGGAACAGGCUAUGAUGAAAAACUUGUCCGGGAAGUUGAAGGUCUCGAGGCUUCUGGCUCUGUCUACAUUUGCACUCUCUGUGAUGCCACACGGCUGGAAGCUUCCCAAAAUCUUGUCCUUCACUCAAUCACGAGGAGUCAUGCGGAGAAUCUGGAACGUUAUGAAGUCUGGAGGUCCAACCCCUAUCAGGAGUCGGCAGAAGAACUGAGAGACAGGGUGAAAGGGGUCUCAGCAAAGCCUUUCAUCGAGACAGUCCCUUCCAUCGAUGCUCUCCACUGUGACAUUGGCAAUGCGGCAGAGUUCUACAAACUCUUCCAGCUGGAAAUUGGGGAAGUUUAUAAGAAUCCCAAUGCGUCCAAAGAAGAGAGGAAGCGAUGGCAGGCUACCCUAGACAAGCACCUCCGGAAAAAAAUGAACCUGAAGCCCAUCAUGAGGAUGAAUGGCAACUUUGCCAGGAAGCUCAUGACCAAGGAGACGGUGGAAGCAGUAUGUGAGUUAAUUCACUGUGAGGAAAGGCAUGAGGCCCUGAGGGAGCUAAUGGACCUUUAUCUGAAAAUGAAACCUGUGUGGCGCUCAACAUGCCCAGCCAAAGAGUGCCCAGAAUCACUUUGCCAGUAUAGUUUCAACUCACAGCGUUUUGCAGAACUCCUGUCUACCAAGUUCCGGUACAGAUAUGAGGGGAAAAUCACCAAUUACUUUCACAAGACCCUGGCCCAUGUCCCUGAGAUCAUCGAGAGAGAUGGCUCCAUCGGAGCCUGGGCCAGUGAAGGGAACGAAUCUGGUAAUAAACUCUUCCGACGUUUCCGGAAAAUGAAUGCUAGACAGUCCAAGUGUUAUGAAAUGGAGGAUGUCCUGAAACACCAUUGGUUGUACACUUCCAAAUACCUCCAGAAGUUUAUGAAUGCUCAUAAUGCCGUGAAGAAUACCGGUCUCAUUAUCAACUCACAAGCAGAAUUUGAAGACUCUUUAGGGCUAGAAGACUCACUGGAAAUUCUUAAUUCAAUGGAAUUCUAAAUUGAGCAAAUUUCUCAGUGUAGGUUUUCCAAACCAGUCUUCCUCUGGUUUUGCAAGGGUCUUCUCCCUCAUGUAGUAUCCUUCACUUCUACAUGUUUUGGGGAUCACCAUCCCUGAGAAGUGGUUAGUUGUCAUGAGGGCCAAAGAUGGUGUAACACCAUCUAAUUAAUGGUUGAGUAACGGGUUGAGUAUGUUUGAAAGGAUUAAAAGGGAAGCAAUGGCUGUUAGUCUUUUGAAGGUUCAGUAAUUCAGGUCCUAGGUAGUUACAGGAGAUGAGAGAUGGACAAGUUUGUCCAAGUGACAUAGAUGUCAAGGCUAUAGAUGCAGAAGAGAAAUCCAUAAAACCAGUCAGGGACUUCUUGUGGUUCCCACUGGUUACAUUUUAUUUGUUGUAAUCAUUUACGAAAAUAUCAUUGUACUAUUAUUUUCAUUAUUAUUACUAUAGGCUAUUAUUAUCUUUUUCUGGGUAAUCAACCUUCCUAUGUGAUAUGUUGACUUUAGUCAAAGCAUUUCCAAAGAAUUGUUCAAUUUCACAAAAUAUUAGUUCUAUUCAUUUGCCUAUUUAGAAAGGAUCUACCUUGUAGCCAAGAAUAUAAAGAUUCAAAUCCUGCCUCUGAUUCAUAGUCAUAGUGCCCCUGGCAACCUGAGACUCCCAAUUACAGAUGAGUUACCAAUCAGCAUCUGUGGAGGAAGUUCUUCCAUUAGGAACGAUGAAAUCACAGGCAUGGGCCACAUUUUUCUAGCGUUUAAUGUUUUUGAAAGUGCUUUACCAAAUAUUAUACUAUUUGGCACAUAUAGUCACUUUAGCAUGGUAGAACUGGAAGAGACUUUCAAAAUCUAGUCUGAGCUUUAUAUUUUACAAAUGAAGAAAAUGAGGCCCAGAAUGGGAAAUUGACUAUAUAAAGUCCCAAGGCUAGUUGUAAAUUCAAUGACAUAGAGAGAAAUGCUAUAUUUUAAGACUGCCUUUAUAGAAUGAUGUUCAUUAAAAGUGUGCCUGUAUUAACCAGAACAUUUUACAAUACAAGGGACGUCUUUUGUCCCAAGGGAAAUUCAACCCUAUUAACUCUACAUUAUGUCCAUAAGUCUGGAGUUUGGGAAGUCAUGUACAGACAAAAUUUGCAGUUAAAAAAAAAAAAAAACAUUAAACUGUCUCAUGAAGGGGUAGAGUUUUAUGGAAA